AUGGGAUACACGCAGAGUAAGGACAGUAUCGAACGAGACUUCGACCGAUUGUAUCAACGCGCCUACAUGGCCGAGGUUCAGCUCAACAAUCUCAAGGCAGCAGCAAGCAGGACAACAGUCGGUGGGGCGAGCUACAGUGUGACACAACUCGUCAAGCUUGCAACGAACCUACUUGAACUUUUGACGAAGCAGCCCGAUCAGCCAUGUGUCAGUGUCAUUCCAGACGCGCUGGCUUGUCUUUCUAUGUGCCACGUCAACGCAAACGAAUGGAAGACACGCCCAAUCGGGAGACCAUCUGGUGACGUUGCUCCGGAUCUCAAAUGGCUUGCCACAGUUUCUGAUGACUUGUCGUGGUUGAAAUGGGCAGAUCAAUGGGAUAUGAUGCCGAUGGACUUGCGCUGGGUCUCGAUAGCAGUCGACGACCGCACCCUCCUGCUUCAUCGACUUCUGUGGGCUCGGGCGCCGGUUGAUCUUCGGUACCUGACUGUUGUCUCGGGCAACAUGGAUUGGCUAUACAUUGGACCUGACAGAUGGAACGCCACUCCUAUGCAACUUCGGAUGCGCGCGAUUGCGUUGGAAGAUCCCACGAUUAUUAGGCCUAGUAUGACGGAAGCGGCGCUCUAUGGUCAUGAGAGGGACAGGAUCUGCAAUACACUUACGACAGGUGCCGAGUCAGGCCUACCGAUCUUGCCCUCUCCCCACGCUCCCGAGGAGGAUCUCGACCUUACUUUGAGGAUCAGCCUGUCUCCUGCUGACAUCGCGACCUGUGCGAAUACGGGAGAGGUAGCUUCCACUACUCAAGCAAUGGCCACCGAUGGUGAAUCAAGAAAAAUUAAACAGACAGGCAAAGUGCCAGCUGAGACACCUGGCCAGAUCAAAGACACUACUAGUGUCCCUCCUUCAAAAGUGGGUAUGGCAAAAACUGUGGCUUCCCCACUUUCGAAGACCGUCCCUUCUCCGAAAGCGGAUGCAGCUGGGCUCGCACCAAGCAAGGCAGUUAGUGGUCCCGCCGGAGGUUCAACAGCCCUCCCGUCGCCGAGCAAGUUAGCAAGUCCUCCACCAAAGGACGGCGAGAAGCCAAGUGACGUGGCAAAAAAGGCUGCCGUAGCGUCUCCUCCAAAGGCAGAAGGAGCAGCAGCUGCAGGGAGUGUAAAUGCCGCUGGUGGAGUCAAGGCAGCGAAGGGCCCACCUCUAGCCAAAAAGGGCCCCGGUCCUCUUGGGGUGAAAGGAGGAGCUCCCUUGCCUCGUCCGGGGGAAACAAAGGAAGAAGCGUCAUCCGAGUCUGCCACUGCCAAGGUUGCUGCGGAUCUUCCUAAGGGGACUCCAGUGGCUUCAAAAAGCGCUGUCCCUGGCAAGGCCGCACCGCUCGGACCGGGGAAAGAGCCCCCCGCACCGGGAGGGAAGACAGCCCCUGGGGCUCCUGUGGGCGGGCCAAAGGCAGAAGUAAAGAAGGUUCCUCCAGUUGGCGGACCAAAGACAGAAGUAAAGAAGGAUCCUCCGGUUGGCGGACCAAAGGCAGAAGUAAAGAAGGUUCCUCCGGUUGGCGGACCAAAGGCAGAAGUAAAGAAGGUUCCUCCGGUUGGCGGACCAAAGGCAGAAGUAAAGAAGGUUCCUCCGGUUGGCGGACCAAAGGCAGAAGUGAAGAAGGUUCCUCCGGUUGGCGGACCAAAGGCAGAAGUGAAGAAGAUUCCUCCUGGCGGGCCUCUAGGCGCACCGAAAGCUGACGGCAGCCCCCAAGCGGCACAGGACGGCGGGACUCUACCGAAGGCCAAGCUCGGGCCACCACCAGGGUUAGGAAAAGUGCUGACUAGUGAAGCUGCUGAGAGUAUAAAAGAAACAGGCCCAGCAAAGAAAAGCGCUUUGCCCGGAAAAGGAGUGCCGCCACUGGGGAAGAAGGGGCCGCCACUGGCUGCAAAGGUAGAAGAGAAAGGUGGAGAUUCACCGCCAGCUGCCGCGAAGGCUUCGUCAAGUUCGGUGGACCAAGCUGCGGAUCAGAACGAAGGAGCGGGAGUAGCAGGUACACCCGUAAAAAAAGGACCGCCUCUCGGGAAAGGUCCGCCACCCAAAAAAGCGCCCUUGGUGGGGAAGAAGGCUCCUACGGCUCCUGAGGCACCAGACGCCAAGGCUGACGACGCGCCAGGAACGGCGGCGAAAAAAGGGCCGCCUAAAGGCCUCCCUCCCAAAGGAAAAGCGCCCCCUAAGGGCAAAGGAUUUCUGUGA